ACAGUCUUUCACUCCCCCUUUCCUCUUCUCUACUUCCCCUAAAAAGAAAAAAUAAAAUAAAAGAAAGAAUUACUCUUGAACACGCGCACAGACACAGCGUAAGAGCCCCACGUAAAGGAUCAGAUAUCCAGGUCGAUCGCAAAGGUAGUACAGGCUCAUCAAUCUAUAAUUAUCAUGUUCAAGUUUUCAAGACUUGGAGCUCGAGCAGCAUUUAAGGGAUUACUGUCAAAAGCCCCGCCAACAAUUCGCUCAAACAAGUCAUAUUACACAAUAUUUCAGAAUGACUGUGUAAAGCCGUCGAGUUGUAAAUUAUUCUCUACUACAGCCACUGAAAUUUCACUAGGAGAAAAUGAGGAAACCAAAAAGAUCUCUGUGACAUUCUUUAACGCAGAUGGAGAACAGGAAAUUAAGGUACCCGUUGGAAUGUCAAUGUUAGAGGCUGCUCAUGAAAAUGACAUAGAGCUUGAAGGAGCAUGUGAAGGGUCACUUGCUUGUUCCACCUGUCAUGUCAUUGUAAUGGAUGUCGAACAGUACAAUAAGCUGGAAGACCCUACAGACGAGGAGAAUGAUAUGUUAGAUCUUGCUUUUGGGCUGACAGAAACGUCUCGUCUGGGAUGUCAAGUAAUUGCAAAACCUGAGCUUGAUGGGCUUCGCCUUGCUCUUCCUGCUGCUACCAGAAAUUUUGCUGUUGAUGGAUACAAGCCAAAGCCACACUAACUAAAUUUUUUCUGGAUCAGAGCAAGAGAACCAUUUUUGUAGCAUUUUUAUUCAAAGGGAAUAUAUGGAUUUGUGAUACAAGUGACCUCCGCAUAUUUUGUGGACUGGAUGACCAAAUUGCUCAUUAGACGUUUGCAGUUUAUGUCUUUGGGGUUUAUAAUUUAUCAGGCAAGAUAACUCGAGUAUAAUUGCA